UUAGUAUCUCGUAUUUUGAUUGGUGGAUGGUGUCGCCUUACAGCCAAUCACUGAACAUUUCAUUGGACUUGGAGCACAUUGCUUACAUCGGACCAACAUUGGUGUACUCAAGAGGCAGCAUGGGUGUGUUGUCCACGCUGGUGAGAGGGUUGGUCAGAGGCGCUGACAGGAUGUCUGAGUUCACCAGCAAGCGUGGAUCCAGGACUCACAAUAAAGGCAGGGGUGCCAGGCCCACUGGACUGAGGCUCUCCAGCAGGAAGUUUUUGUCCAUUCGGACCAUGAUUCCCGAGUUUGUGGUGCCUCAUUUGGAGGGAUUCAAACUCAAGCCCUACGUAUCGUAUCGUUCCCCGAAAGGAACAGAGGCUCCACUCACAGCACAGAGUUUGUUUGCUGAAGUUGUUGCCCCUCAGAUCAAGAAAGACUUUGAAGAGGGCGCUUUCAGCAAAGACCAGCUGGAGAAGUAUGGAUUCGAGUCCACGCAAGAAGGGAAACUCUUCAAGCUGUAUCCAAAGAACUAUGUGCGUUAAUGGUCUGCCCACAGUGUGAUGUUCUUACAAAGAAAUACACAAACUGGAGACUGAUGGGACACUUUCAGGAAAAUAAUCACAAAUGGGACUGUCAGCUGUUGUCAGGAUUGUUUUUCUGAUAUUUGAUUAUCUGGCAAUAUGAACUUAAAAGGUGUAAUUCAUUCUGCAGAACUGUAUAUUCAUCACUGUAAAGAUCAGAUGAACAGCUUGAGCUGACCGUUUCCAAAUUAAAUUGUCAAUGUAGAAAACAAAA